AAGUUGAUUACGAAAUUUUGUUUACAUCUAGUUUGUUGCAAUCGUCGCAGAGCAUAUUGCAAAAUAAAGACAAAUAUGUUGAAACUAAAGUCCUUAGUCCCGAUGCUGUCGAACGUGCGAAAUCUGCACACGACGAAGAAAACCCUCCUGAACCUAGUGCCAAUCGUGGUCGAGCAAACCGGUCGCGGCGAACGAGCCUAUGAUAUUUUUUCCCGACUGCUGAAGGAACGUAUCAUUUGCCUAAUGGGGCCUAUCCACGACGAUUUGAGCUCGCUGAUAGUGGCACAGCUUUUGUUUCUCCAGUCAGAAAACGGGACGAAACCGAUCCAUAUGUACAUCAACUCUCCGGGAGGUAGUGUAACCGCCGGGUUGGCAAUCUACGAUACCAUGCAGUACGUGAAGCCUCCCGUGGCAACCUGGUGUGUGGGACAGGCGUGUUCGAUGGGAUCGUUACUGUUGGCCGCUGGGGCCCCAGGAAUGCGUCAUUCUCUACCGAACGCGCGUAUUAUGAUCCAUCAGCCUUCCGGUGGGGCACAGGGACAAGCAACAGAUAUCCAGAUACAGGCGGAAGAGAUUCUGAAGCUGAAGAAACAGUUGACGGAGAUUUAUGCGAAACACACAAAAUCUUCCUACGAUCUGUUGUACUCUAAAAUGGAGCGAGAUACAUUCCUUAAUCCAGAAGAGGCACAAUCGCUUGGGCUUAUAGACACUGUAUUGGAGCAUCCACCAUCUUCCACUGAAGGAAAAUCGUAAAACAGUGUUUUAAAUAUUUGUGAAAUUGUUGUCACGUCAUAGUUACUAUCGUGGGAUUGUAACAGUUAAGGGUAAAAUAAAAAUAAAAUGAAAAAGUAA